AUGCCGGGGCUCGUUCGCAAAAUACUAAUUCUUGCUGCUGUUGACGGUCUACUAUUGCUCCCUACUGGUCCUCGAUCUCGGGGCCAAGGGCCGACCAAAAUAUCUUACAAGACCGGCGCUGUAAAUGCUUCGACAGAUGAAACACCAGUUUCGCAGGCAGUAGCUUCGGGCAACUCAUUUGAAGCUGUGGGAAUAGCAGGUUUAUUGUCCGUGCCAUCUGGCUCAUGGCUUAUCGCAAUUACCAAGAGAUCACAAGUAGCAGAAGUUAAGGGUCGCCAAAUAUUCGUUAUUUCCGAUAUUGCAUUGAUUCCACUUCAUUCAAAGUCUGAGGCCGAGGCAGCAAUCUUGCGAGUAAAGGCGAAGGCAGUAAAGCGAAGUUCUAGUAAUGCCGGUAUAGAAGAUAUAGAUUCCGACGACGACUACGACGGGGAGUCUAUUCUUUCGAGCGACGAUGACGUAUCCGACGACCCGCCUCGAAGGCCCAAUCAUCAUAGAACACUAUCUUCAUCCAUCGCAGAAGAUGUGAUCGGCAAGAAGGGUGUCUACGGACGAUUUGCAGAACGCUGGUUCUCAAAGAGAGGGUGGCAGGUCGAUAGAAAUCGUUUGCAAGGACUAAGCGGGAAAGGCGAGAUUGGCGGCGAGAGUUUUCCGAUGCGCAAGAUGAGGUCCCGUACAGGGUCUCCAGAUUCAGAAGCGGCUGAGAAAGCUAUUUCUCCGGCUCUGGAUGAACAAGCUCAAGAAUCACAGGGAGAGAGGACUUUGACCGGGGACAGCACUGGGGCAGAUGCUCCAACUGAUCCGGACCAACCGAUAGAGGAACCAGUCGAUAGCGAAGUCAUCGAAGGGGUCGCAAAUAGCCUGACCCCAAAGCUCCUACGAACCACAAAGCUCUUACUAUCGGCAUCGCGCUCAUUUUACUUUUCAUACGACUACGAUAUUACCCGUUCGAUAUCCAAGCAAACCUCAGCGACCAGUAGCGAAGUCCCCUUACACAAGAACGUAGACACUGAGUUUUUUUGGAACCGCCACCUCCUAGAGCCUUUUAUUGAAUCCGGGCAGCACCAUUUCGCUUUACCUUUGAUGCAGGGUUUCGUUGCCCAGCAACACUUCCAAAUCCCCAAUAAAGAGGGAUACUCCCGAAACUUUCUACUUACCCUCCUAAGUCGCCGCAGCAUCAAUAGAGCCGGUUUAAGAUAUCUGCGCCGUGGAGUAGACGAACAUGGUUAUGUUGCGAAUUGCGUCGAAACGGAACAGCUUCUCAGCGAUAUAGACAAAAAUGCCGAGUAUUCUUUUGUUCAGAUUAGAGGGAGCAUCCCUCUGUUCUUCCAGCAAUCACCGUACGCUUUGAAGCCGAAACCAAUCCUGAUGCAUAGCGAACCCGCGAAUAAAUCCGCUUUCCAGACACACUUUAAGAGAAUGAAAGACCGCUACGGGGAAAUCCAGGCAGUCAAUCUAGUCGAGAGGCAUGGGUUUGAAGCGAUAGUAGGCAAUAUGUACGAGAAAUGUGCAACAGAGCUCGACGACCCGAAGAUAAAGUUCGAAUGGUUCGAUUUUCAUUCUGAAUGCCGAGGGAUGAAAUUUGAGAAUGUUAAUCUGUUAUUGGAUCGGGUUGGAGAUGUAGUUGAGGAGUUUGGCUGGACCGAGGAGAAAGAUGACAAAAUUGAAAGAUCACAGGCAGGUAUCAUACGGACGAAUUGUAUGGAUUGUCUCGAUCGAACCAAUGUCGUGAUGAGUAACUUUGCAAGAAGGGCGAUUGAGAUUCAGCUUACGAGACUCAACAUCGACCCCACAAAACUCGAGACAUCACUGAACUUCAUGAAUCUCCUGUGGGCUGACAAUGGCGACGCUGUGUCAAAACAAUACUCCUCCACCGCAGCACUCAAAGGAGAUUUUACCCGCACAAAGAAGCGCAACAUAUCCGGAGCCCUUGCGGACUUCGGCUUAACACUAACGCGGUUUUGGAAUAACAUAAUUGGCGAUUUCUUUACUCAAGCCGCUAUUGAUUACCUGCUCGGGAAUGUCUCAGCGCAAAUCUUUGUCGAAUUCGAAGCAAAAAUGAUGAGCGGCGAUCCAGCUGUUAGUGUCUCGAAGGUCCGACAGAACGCGAUUGAAACGAGCUGCCGUUUAGUUAUUGCAGACAGUAACGAAGAAAUGAUCGGAGGGUGGACCCUACGAACCCCUGGCGAGGAGAACACAUUGCGGACCUUUCCAUUCAAAGAGAUUGUUCUACUUCUAACUGAUGCGGCGCUCUACUUUUGCAAGUUCGACUUUUCGAUGGACAAGGUCUCUGCUUUCGAGCGGAUAUCUCUUGAGAACGUUAAGGGGCUGCAAUAUGGUGCCUACAUUACCUCAACUCUGACGUCUGCGCAAGUGAAUGAAAAACAGAAUGUUGGGCUUGUUAUAAGAUACGAACCCGGGAAAGACGACAUCUUACGGAUAAACACCCGGUCUCUUACCUCCAAUGUGUCUCGCCAGAACGGUGAUAUAGCGGCUGAGGCAGCUGUACCACCGCCUGAUGCCGAGGGUCAAGGUGACACAAAAAAACCUGACGAUGUGGAAGCUCCACCAAAGGAAAAAAAGAAACCUGAGUCUGACCCUACUCAUGAACGCUUCCUCGCAUUUAAGGCAAUACCUGCAGAUUCUUCCAUCAAAUCAUCGAUUCGUCUUCCGAGCCCACUUCGUAAAUCUGCUGAAUCCGAUGAAGAGGGCCUAAUUCUAAGCAUAUGCAGCGAAAUAGAGAGAGCCUGUAAAGUUGUGAAUUCCCAGCUCAACGGUUCCUCGGAGAGCGGGUCUGUUUCGGAUGGUAGCACGGGUGAAGAUUUGGUGACACCAUUUAUCGAGAAAAAGGACAUUGUUAGUGUUCAGGAGGCAAAGAAGAGUACCGGACUAUUCGAACAAGUUGGGUAUUCUAUCCGUCGGUGGGUUUGGGCAUAG